AUGCCGACUGACCAACUGCAGCCGACUCGACCUCAUGUUCUGAAGUGCGGCUGUUUCACAACAUUGUGUUGCAGAUCUGAACACGCAUGGGUAGGCUCGGUCUGCACUGGGAUCACUUUCCUCAUGUGCAUGGUGUCGAGCAUCGUCAGCGACCGCUUGGGAAUCCGCAAGACGGCGCUGUUCGGCGGCCUCCUCUGUAUCAUCGGCCUCGUGUCCAGCGCCUUCGUGGAGGAGCUGCAGCUGCUGUACCUCACCUACGGCAUCCUGCUGGGUCUGGGGAUGGCCUUCACCUACUCCCCGUCCCUCGUCAUCCUCGGCCACUACUUCAAGAGACACAUGGGCCUGGUGAACGGCAUCGUCACGUUCGGCAGUGCCGUCUUCACCAUAGUACUGUCGCUGGUGCUGCCAAGACUGCUGGCCAGCGUCGGGUUGAGGUACACGUUGAUAAUGCUGGGCGCCCUCAACUCGUUGCUCGUCGUCUGUGCCUUGACUUGGAAGCCUCUGUUGCGUCGACAGUCCAGUCUGGCGCGUUUGGCUCUGUCCACGGAGAGCAUAGCGGAACACUGUACGGACUGCUGUACGUGGACCAGGAAGUUUCUGAACGUCAAUAUCUGGAGAAACAGAGGAUACGUUGUGUGGGCGGUUUCCAGUGGUCUUUCACUUUUUGGAUAUUUUGUGCCAUUUGUACAUUUGAUUAAACACACAAACGAUAUAUUCCCGGAUUCAGACGGUAGCUUGCUCAUCAUGUGCAUGAGCAUCACUUCCGGGAUUGGCCGAAUUGUCUUCGGGAAAGUGGCGGACUUUGCCUGGGUCAGCCGAAUCCGGAUGCAGCAGAUCGCCUUGGCCGUUCUAGGAAUAACGACAAUGUGCAUUCCGUUCUCGGCCAGUUUCGGAGGCUUGAUCGCGAUCACCCUAGUGAUGGGAAUCUGCGACGGGGUGUUCGUCUGUCUCAUCGGACCCAUCGCCUUCGACAUCGUUGGUCCCGUGGGAGCAUCUCAAGCGAUUGGUUUUAUCCUUGGAAUAUUUUCCGUACCUAUGAUGAUCGGCCCUCCAGUAGCUGGCUUCCUGUAUGAUCAUCUGGGCAGUUACAAGAUCGCCUUCCAUGCCGCGGGCGCUCCUCCUAUACUAGGAGCUGCCAUCAUGUUCUUCAUUCCAGCGAUCAAACAGAAUUACCCAGCUGUAACCGAGAUCGAAGAGUUUGCAGCCGUGUCGCUGCACAACAUUUUGGAAGGAACAUCUGCAUCGCAUACCACAGAAGGAAACUAUAGCAGCCCAGCAGAGAGUGAGCUGCUGGUUAUUAAAGACACAUCUAUGUUGAAAGACUUUCAAGAAACAGUCGGUGAGCUUCCAAAGGAUCCAGAAACCAAUGCUCCUGAAACUGAAAUGACAGUCAACAAGAAAACAAAUUCUAUAAAAGAUAUGGAUAAUUCAUGAUAGUUUCUGAUAAACAGUUACCAGCUUUUUGAAAACUUUAUUUGGAAGCAUACAAUAGUUACAUGAAGAGGGGCAAUUAACAAUGCGUUGUAAUUAUUACUUUAUCUCGACAUCUAAAUGUGUAUGAUGGGUAAUUGUAUGUUAAGGUUGUUUUCUUCUGUUCAUCAUUUUAUGUGUUGCAACUUUAUUGUUACAAAAGGAUCGUGAAGAUCAUGUCUUGGGGCAUUUUUAUUUUUAAAAAGUUGUACAUUUAUAGAGAGUAUUAAGACAUAGGACAGGGCGAGCUAUUGAAAAGCAAAUCAAAAUGUCCUACAGUUGACACUCGUAAUGUUUAUGUUCUUGUUUUUCACUAUUUGACUCUUGGGGUUUUGAUUUUUCGUUUGGUCUUAUUUAAUCUAAAUCUAUGAACAAAGAUUGUGAAGACAUAUCUAGAAGUCAUGAAGUGUUGCACAGAUAUUUAUUUGCCGAUUAUCAAUAUAGUCGGAGGGUGCCACGUGUUCAUAGCCGGUUUAUUCUAGUAGCACGUAUUUUCCCUAGGUCAUUUUUCCCCUCUCCUCAAGGGGGUUGCAAAAUAUAUAUCCUGGGAAGGGAGACCCACUGUUAUUUGUGCUACAGGCCCCGCGGAUUCUUAAACCGGCUCUGCACCUGUUAAAUUUUUGCAAGUUGUAUUUUGCUUGGUGGUGGUCCAAAUCGAGGCUCGAGAUGAAAUGGGGAUCGCAUCUGCAAUUAUUUUUCACUGAAUUUUUGUUCUGAUAGCCAAUUAAUGUUCUAGCAAGCUGUCUUGGACAGCUUACUUGGGAUUAUUGUCUGGGUGAGAGACGGUAUUGGGAUGCGAACUCAGUACCAAUCACCCUUAAACACGAUGGCUUAACCACAGUGUUCCCGAGGCCGGUGUUUGUGAACUAUCUAGCAAAUCGAUGUGUACACACACGCACGCGCGCGCACAUACACUCGCACACACACACACACACACACACACACAGAGAGAGAGAGAGAGAGAGAGAGAGAGAGAGAGAGAGAGGAGAGAGAG